GCCAUUUUGGUUUUGUGCUCAAUUUUCCCCAAAUAGGUCCCCAGAUUGUCAUCGUUUUGCCUAGAUUUAACCUUAAAGAAUGAGCGAUCUCCAUUCUGCUUGUCUAAGGUGUUGCUAAAAUCAACCCCAAUAAGGUUGUGUCAGAAAAUCCAGUGAUUCUUGCAAAAAUGUAUAUAAAACAGGUCACCAUUCAGGGAUUCCGUAGUUACCGGGACCAAACUGUCAUAGAACCAUUCAGUUCUAAACACAACGUUGUUGUUGGACGAAAUGGAUCAGGAAAGAGCAACUUUUUCUAUGCCAUUCAGUUCGUCCUUAGUGAUGAGUUCAAUAACCUCCGACCCGAGCAGCGUCAGUCUCUCCUCCAUGAGGGUACUGGUCCGAGGGUCAUCUCUGCCUUUGUGGAAAUCGUCUUUGACAACUCAGAUAACAGAAUUCCUAUCGAAAAAGAGGAAGUAACUUUACGCCGUGUGAUUGGCUCGAAAAAAGAUCAGUAUUUUCUGGACAAGAAAAUGGUCACGAAAACUGAUGUGAUGAACCUUUUGGAGAGUGCAGGAUUCUCUCGCAGCAACCCUUACUACAUUGUCAAGCAGGGAAAGAUUAACCAAAUGGCAACGGCUCCUGACUCUCAGCGAUUGAAGCUUCUACGAGAGGUGGCUGGUACCCGUGUCUACGAUGAUCGCAAAGCGGAAAGUCAAACCAUACUUAAAGAAACAGAGGGAAAACGUGAGAAAAUUGAAGAUCUUCUUAAGUACAUCGAGGAACGUCUUCAAACUCUGGAAGAAGAGAAGGAAGAAUUGAAACAAUACCAGAAAUGGGACAAAAUGAGAAGGUCUCUUGAGUACACCAUUCACAACCAGGAACUGACUGACACAAGAAAAAAGCUUGACGAGCUUGCCAACAAACGCGAGAACAGCGGUGAGGUCACCAAGACACUGAGAGACGCUCAAGAAGAGGCUUCCAAAAGAAUCAAGCAACUUAACAAAGAGCUUCGGGAGUUGAAAGGACGCGUCCGAUCGGCCAAUGAGGAACGAGACCAGCUUCUGAAUGAAAGACAAGAGCUGUUCAAGCGACGUGCUAAACUUGAGCUGGCCGUUAAGGAUUUGCAGGAGGAGGUGAAUGGAGACAUGGAUGCAAAGAGUCGUAUUGGAGAUCAGCUGGAGAAGCUGGACAGUACAAUCCAACAAAAACAGACAGAGUUAGAAUCCAUCAUGCCACGAUAUGAAGAGUUAAAGAAAGAGGAAGAACGUUGCACUGCCAGGCUGCAAGUUUGUGAGCAGCGACGAACUGAGCUGUUUGCCAAACAGGGUCGAGGGAAUCAAUUCACAACCCGCGACGAUCGAGACAAAUGGAUCAGGAAAGAACUCAAGUCUCUUAACAAGGCAAUCAAGGAUAAGGAUGAACAGAUAUCUCGUCAGCGAGAUGACAUUGCCUCGGACAUGAAGAAGAACGAAGACCUGGAAGCCCGUAUGGCUAAACUAAACAUCGACAUAGAACAGAUGAAAGAUUCUGUGGAUUUGUCCAAUCGGAGCCACUACGACCAGAAGAAGCGCAAAGAUGAGCUGCAGAAUGAGAGGAACUCCUUGUGGAGACAGGAGAACAGCAUCCAGCAGGAGAUUGCGACCACUAAAGAGGAACUACACAAGAAAGAGCAGACGUUAAGAUCCAUGACAGGAAAGGCUGUACUGCGCGGCAUUGACAGCAUCAAGAGAGUCUUGGACCUGUUCAGAUCGAAGGGCAUGACUAAGGAGCUAGAAGGUUACCAUGGUGUACUGAUAGAGAACUUCCAAUGUGCUUCCCGGUUUAAUACCUGUACGGAGGUCACUGCCGGCAGCAGAUUGUUCUACCACAUCGUUGACACCGAUGUCAUCAGCACCAAGAUACUGUCGGAGAUGAAUAAAUCUAAGAUGCCUGGAGAAGUCACAUUCUUCCCUCUGAAUCGUCUUGAAAAUCGUGAAACCCAGUACCCAGAAUCUCCGGAUGCGUUGCCGAUGUUACACAACCUCCAGUUUGACGACAAGUUCAAGGCCAUCUUGAAUCAUGUCUUCGGCAAGACGCUCAUCUGCCGUAGCAUCGACGUUGCAACCCAGUUCUCAAGAACCCAGAACCUAGAUUGUGUCACCCUGGAAGGUGAUCAAGUGAGUCGACGUGGCGCCAUCACGGGCGGCUACUACGACACGCGUAAAUCUCGUCUGGAGCUCCAGAGCGGGAUCUUGGAGCUGAGGCAGAAGCUGAGCCGAGAGGAGCAAGAAUAUGAAGAGCUGAGGGAGAAACUUCAACAUGUAGAGGUGGAGGUGACUCAACUCAUGAGCGAGAUGCAGAAGAUGGAAACGAAGAACAGGAAGAAUAAGGACAUUUACGAGAAGAUGAAGAGCGACAUGCGCAUCAUGAAGGAAGAGAGCCAGGUCAUCCAGAGGGCGUUGACCCCUAAGGAGCGUCGUCUGUCUAGUCUCAUUACAAGCCUGGAAGCUAUGAAGGGAUCCGCACAGUCCCUGGAUGAUGAAAUAGGAACGGACCUGCUGUCCCAGCUGAGCGUUGGAGAUCAGCGCGAGGUAGACAGCCUGAACGAUGAGAUCAAAACGUUGAAUCAACAGAAUAAACAAGCUCUAGCUGAUCGGAUUAAGCUUGAAGGUGAGAAGAACAAGAUUGAGAAUCUACUGUCGGGAAAUCUGAUGAGAAAAAGGGAACGUCUUGUUGCUGAACUUCAAGAAAUUUCCAUAGAGGAUAGGAAGCAGAAGUUAGAGACGUGUCUGGCCGAGCUACAAGGAACCGAGAUGUCCAUCGAGACCAACAAGGCUCGGAUCGAGGACUUUGAGAGUCAGAUCGAGAGUCUGAAUCGGGAGCAGCUGAGCAAACAGUCCGAUCUUGAAGAAAAGAAGAAUAAGGAGAGAGAUUUUGGCGAUAAGAUCAACACCGAUACGAAGGCCUUGGAGAAGAUGACUAAUAAGCAGAGCCUGCUGUUGAAGAAGAAAGAAGAAUGUAUGCGUAAGAUUCGCGAGUUGGGCUCCUUGCCGAGCGACGCCUUUGAGAAGUAUGUGCACCUCUCCCUCAAGCAACUCUUCAAGAAGUUGGAGCAGUGUAACUCGGAGCUCAAGAAGUACAGCCACGUCAAUAAGAAGGCUUUGGAUCAAUUUGUCAACUUCUCCGACCAGAAGGAGAAGUUGAUCAAUCGGAAGGAGGAGCUGGACAAGGGUCAUGCUUCCAUUACUGACCUGAUGAAUGUACUGGAAUUGAGAAAGUACGAGGCUAUCCAGCUGACGUUCAAACAAGUUUCCAAAUACUUCAGUGAAGUCUUCAAUAAACUGGUACCCGCCGGUAAAGCAACCCUCGUCAUGAAGAAGGGAGACAGUGAAUCAUCCCAAGAGCUUGAUUCAGAAUCAUCUCAGUCGGGUGUGCCCCUCGUGGAGCAGUUCACUGGAGUUUGCAUCAAGGUAUCCUUCUCCGGUAAAACCAGCGAGACUCGGGAGAUGCAGCAACUCUCCGGCGGGCAGAAAUCCUUGGUGGCCUUGACCCUUAUCUUUGCCAUCCAGAAAUGUGACCCGGCACCCUUCUACCUCUUUGAUGAGAUAGACUCUGCGCUUGACGCUCAGCACAGGAAAUCUGUCGCAGAUAUGCUUCAUGAGUUGUCCGGCAAUGCCCAAUUCAUCACAACCACCUUCCGACCAGAGCUUCUGGAGUCUGCCGAUAAAUUCUAUGGAGUCAAAUUUAGAAACAAGGUCAGUCAUAUUGAUGUCAUCUCUAAGGAUCAAGCCAAAGAUUUCCUGGAGGACGACAUCACACAAAGCUAAAAAGUCAACCUUCU